CAAUAUAUCGGUCAACUCAUGUCCAGAAUGACGAGGCCACCAUUACUUACCAAAUGUCCAUUAAAAUUUUGCUGAGUUCUUAAUGAUAAAGAAGAAUGCACCCCACAAUUAGGGAGACAUCAAAAGAGGUACAAGGCAAGGCAAAGCUAUUCCACUUCUAUGGCCAAAGGAAGUUGCUGAGGCCAUCUCUCUUGACAUAAACGUAAAAAUGACUCAGCUUUGCCGAAAAAUGUUUCACUUCAAUAUCAAGAGAAGAAUCCUCUGGCGGGUCUCGAUUCUCCGGUGGUAUCUCAACUCGAUUUGGAAACGAUUUCUUGCUUGCUGGAUCGGAAAGUCAUCCGUUCUGUAUAGACAAUUGUCAACCGCAGCAACCACCGUCUCUUUCUCUUCAUCACCUCUGGGGGGUAGUGCUGGCUUGUCCUCCACGGAUAUGGCCUCGACACUACGCUGCUGCUGCAAUCCCGACAGGGAUUCAUCAGAUCUAGUCUCUUUGAAAAUUAGUCUCUUGGGUGAUGGUCAGAUUGGCAAGACAAGUUUUCUGACCAAAUAUGCUGGGAGAGAAAAAGGGCUUAAAGAAUUUGCAAUGACAGGAAUGAAUCAGGUGGACAAAACAUUGUGUGUGAAAGGAGCACACAUUUCUUAUAGCAUCUGGGAAGUGGGAGGAAAUGUUUCUACAGCUGAUGACAACAUUCCAGCAGCCUGUAAAGAUUCAGUAGCAAUGUUAUUUAUGUUCGAUCUCACGAGUCGGUGCACCUUGAACAGUGUAAUUCCAUGGUUUCAACAAGCCAGGCAAUGGAAUCAGACGGCAAUCCCAGUAAUAAUAGGGACCAAGUUUGACGAUUUCGUCCAAUUACCAAUAGAUUUGCAGUGGACAAUCGCAAGUCAGGCAAGAGCAUAUGCAAAGGCACUGAAUGCAACAUUGUUCUUUUCAAGUGCAACCUACAACAUCAACGUGAAUAAGAUCUUCAAGUUCAUUACAGCAAAGCUCUUCAAUCUACCAUGGAACUUGGAGCGUAAUCUCACCGUUGGAGAACCCAUCAUUGAUUUCUAGUUUCUGACCUAUGGAAACCCUUCUUUCAAUGACUGUCAUUUGUAGAUAAAAUUAAUUGUUUACAACUGUAUCAACCAGUCACUGGAUCUCUUACGGUUAAAAUAGGACCAGUGAAUUUGUGUUGUUUUGAUAGUCAUUUUGGUAUUUCAACAACUAUGAGAUGAAUAAGAUCAUAUGCUUAUUUGAUGUUCUUA